GUCACUCCCACAGUCCAAAAACAAGCACGGUUAAUUAGUACAGCACAGUGAGGAGGCUUCACUCACACUACACAGUGUUUUGCUUUUGUUGUGCAACUACAACUGUCUCUCUCUCUGGGCAAGAAGACCCUCAGGCAAGGGAGGAGCUCAAAUUGACACUGGUUUUACGGAGGUCUGUUGAAUUUGAUCAAACAGACAUGGAGAUGAAGGACUAUCCAGCUGUGGAGUAUUUUGUGCAGAGGAACGUUCUGGAUGAGUUAGGUCUGGAUGAAGUGGCACAAAAAGGGACGUGGUCCACUAAACCAACCCUGGGUGAACGGGUGAAGGAGUCCCUAAGGUGUUCAGUGUCCAGGGUGAAGCACACAGUGCUGAGUUGGGUUCCUGUUCUCGGCUGGUUGCCUCAAUACUCCCUCAGAGAAAAUGCCAUAGGGGACCUGAUCUCUGGCUGCAGUGUGGGCAUUAUGCAUCUGCCACAGGGCAUGGCAUAUGCUCUUCUGGCUUCCUUACGUCCGGUGUUUGGCCUAUACACCUCCCUCUACCCUGUGCUGGUCUAUUUCCUCUUUGGUACUUCCAGACACAUCUCCAUAGGGACGUUUGCUGUGAUCAGCAUCAUGAUUGGGAGUGUGACGGAGAGGCUGGGACCAGACAGUGACUUUAUUGGAAAUGGCACUAAUGGAACAGAAAUUGUGAACCUCAAUGAACGGGACGCAUACAGAGUACAGAUAGCAUGUUCCCUCACAGUCCUGGCAGGAAUCUUUCAGUUGAUGUUGGGUGUGGUGAGGUUUGGUUUUGUGGUCACCUACCUCUCUGAGCCACUGGUUCGUGGCUACACCACAGGAUCAGCGUGUCAUGUGUGUGUCUCCCAGCUCAAGUACUUGUUUGGAAUUACACCGGCUCGCUUCACUGGUCCUCUCUCCCUUAUAUAUACUCUGGUGGAUAUUUGCCGGCUGCUGCCUGGGACUAAAGUGCCAGAGCUGGUGGUCAGCCUGGUGGCGCUCUCUGUUCUGAUUGUGGUCAAGGAAAUCAAUGCCUGCUACAGACAGAAGCUGCCUAUGCCCAUCCCGAUAGAACUCAUAGUGGUCAUAGCAGCAACAAUCAUCACCCACUUCUGUGGACUUACGAGUAAAUACAGCAUUGAUGUUGUUGGAGAGAUUCCCAGUGGGCUCAAGGCCCCUCGUGUUCCAGAUGCCACAUUGUUCUCGAAUGUGAUAGGUGAUGCUUUUGCAGUGGCUAUUGUGGGCUAUGCCAUCAACAUUUCCCUGGGAAAAACAUUUGCCCUCAAACAUGGCUACAAGGUGGACAGCAACCAGGAGCUGGUUGCUUUGGGUCUUAGCAACACUGUUGGUGGUUUUUUUCAGUGCUACGCCGUGACUUCCUCCUUGUCUCGCAGCCUUGUUCAGGAGAGCACAGGGGGCAAGACACAAGUUGCGGGAGUGAUUUCUUCCCUCAUCGUGCUGAUCACAAUUUUGAAAUUAGGUUCUCUCUUUGAAGAUCUUCCUAAGGCUGUCUUAUCCACAAUAGUGUUUGUGAAUUUGAAAGGAAUGUUCAAGCAGUUCCUGGACGUGCCCAUGCUGUGGAAGACCAAUAAGGUUGAUCUGCUGGUGUGGCUGGUAACAUUCACAAGCACCAUCCUCCUCAACCUGGACUUGGGUCUGGCUGUCUCUGUUGGCUUUUCCAUGCUCACUGUCAUCUUCAGAACGCAACUACCCCGCUACUCUAUCUUGGGCCACGUGCCAGGCACUGGCUUGUAUCUGGAUACAGACACCUACAAGGAGGCUAAAGAGAUUCCAGGAAUUAAAAUCUUCCGUUCAUCUACAACCAUCUACUACGCAAAUGCUGAGAUGUACUUGGAGGCCCUGCAAGAGAAGAGUGGAAUUGAAAUCGGGAAGCUGCUGACGGCGAAAAAGAAACAAGACGCAAAGCUGAAGCGUAUACAAGAGAAAGAGAAAAAGAAAGCUAAAAAGGAGGCAAAGAAAGAAGAGCCAGACGUGAAUGAUGGGAAAGUCUCUGCAGAACUGAGAGGACCAAGUCAGGGAAAUGGUGUGUCCCUAAGACUGACAGAAACCUCUACAAAUGACCCUAAUAAAGGCCAAGUAAACCGGGCUUACCAACAUGACACAACCAUGACAGACUCCGAUUCAGACGCGGAUUGCCACAUGUCAUCACAUCCCAGUGAUAAAGGCAAGGGAAGGGCCUGUGGAUCAGGCACGCACAACAUCAUCUUGGACAUUUCGGCAACCAGCUUUGUGGACACAGUCACUGUGAAGACCUUGGAAAAUAUAUUCAGGGACUUUGGGGAGAUUGAUUUGGACAUCUAUCUAGCAGGCUGCCAAGCAUGUGUCGUGGAGCAGCUGGAAACUGCAGGUUUCUUCUCAGAGUCCAUCCCAAAGAGCAGGCUGUUUGUCACAGUACAUGAUGCAGUGCUUCAUAUUCUCCACAAACUGGGGCAGACAGACUUCGUACAUGAUGUGUCGUGCACCACUCAAAUGUGACCAGCAGGGGUCAGACUGUUCCAACUCUCACCAUUCUCCUCCUCUUCCUCCUCCUCCUCCUCCUUUUGGCUGUUCCAUUGCUCACCAUUGGUCGCCAUUGUCUCCUCCCCCUUCAAUGGGGGAGAAUGCACCACCUUGACAUGGCCGCUGGUUGCCAUGGAAAUACAGGGAGCCGUUGCUGUGGCAACAGGCUUUUUAUGAUAUCGUCUAAUGAGAUAGCCAGCAAUACGUCAUUGCAGCUCUCUCCCUCUGUGGUGUGUGUGAAAGACGGAGAAGGGGCGGGGGUUGAGUGGGAGAAUGUAACACUGGACUAAUAGGAGUCUGUAUUUAUAGCCUGUGUGAGAGAGUGGAGAGUGAGUGAAAGGUUGACUGUAAGGGGAAACUCAUAUGUGAGAGGUGUUGCUAUAAACAGGCAGGCCAUGAUGUGCAUCCAUAUUUUUGUUUGUCAAUCUAAGUAUAUUCUUGAACCAAUGCAACUGGCCCUCCUGUUCUUUUAGAAUGGGAAAUACAGAAGUCUUCCAUAACUAAUCAAUAAAAUGUAAAUAUUUGUCAUUUAUAUGGCCGGGCCAUUCCCUCUGGCAGGAGUUCUCAACCCUUACAUUGCCGCUAAUUUGCUCCGAAAGCCUGCAAGAAUGAGCCAAAUUCCAAAUGUUCUGUAAUAGGUGUUACGUUUGGAAAGAGCAGAAGCUUUUGAACACAACGUGGGUGUAUUUAUAGUCAGUAUUCACACAUCUGACUCCUCUGACAUCUCGAGCUCCCUCCUAUUUCUGGGAUCUAGUGUCAUGUUAUCAUCUGCUAUCAUAACUGUCAGAUACUUAACACUGUAUUUUAAUAUUUGCUGUGUGUCCCUUGUAUCAAAUUGAUUUAGAUCACCCACCCAAAGAGAUUUGCUCCCAGCCAUAAAAAUUUUGUUUUUUUUAAAUCAUAUUUUAUUUUGGAGAAUAUAUUUGAAACCACAAAAUGUUUAAAAAGUCUUCAGGAAAGGUCCAUUAUGUGCAAUUAUAUAAAUUGAAAAAAAUAGCUUUCCUAAUUAGAUUAACUUAUGGAUGUUUUUCCUGCAGAUGACACUGAUAUGUGUGCCAGGGAUCCUGAAAUGAUUGGUUCAUUAACCACUCAAUGUAAACAAUGUGUUGUAAAUUACACAACACACGUAUUUCCUUGGGAGUGCUUAUCGCUCACCCUUACUGAUUACACUUCUAGUUGUCUGUGAAAUGUAUGCAGUGAGUUUUUAUUUUUUUUUAUACAGAUGUAAACGUAGGAAAUGUAAUAUUUUUAUGUGAUUGGAUCGGAAUACUUUUUUCUACGCAUCAAUUGUAUGUUUUAUGAAUAAAGUAUGAAUGAAACCUUGUAAAUAAAGACUCAUAAAAACACAA